UGUUAUUGGUAUUCACAAUAUCUUUUGUCAGCACAAGACGAUGUUCCGGUUUACAAGACGCUUCCACACGUCGUACUGUGGGAAGGGAUUUCGAGCAUGAUUGAUACUACUGAUGAAGGUGCUUCUGCUGAUGGAGGGAUUUCGAGCAUGAUUGAUACUACUGAUGAAGGUGCUUCUGCUGAUGGAGGGAUUUCGAGCAUGAUUGAUACUACUGAUGAAGGUGCUUCUGCUGAUGGAGACAAUGCGGUGUCAAAUCAUGACGACGAGAACUCAAACGUGGUUGGAGCUACAAUGGCUCGAGGACCUGACAUCAAGCCGAAGGCAACGCAGUCUAAAAGUACACCAUCGGAAAGGCCAACAACGCUAAAGGGGUUGCAGAUGGAGUAUUACAGGAAGUCCAUCCAUUUACAGGAAGCGCAGCUUGUUUAUAACAAACUUUAGUUAAACUUGUACAAUUAACACGUAAGAAAUGUUGAAUAAUGUUCGAUUUAUGAACUUGAAUCGUUUUCAUUCGUAUGUAUCGGAAUAAAUGUUAUGUUCUGUAGGCCUUAUUCUUUAUAAUACUUAAUGAAAUGAAUUUUUUUACACUGUAUUUGUACUAGUAUAACUUACCUCAAGAGAAGUAUGCGCUUGCGAUGUGCGCCCUAACACCUCGUCCGUCUAUUUGUCCGUUGUAUGUGUCGGCUGCAGACUUCGUCAACAACUACGUCGACUACAUCGGGCUCCUUCCAGAGCAAGGCGAGGUUGUACAGAAUUGCACAAACGACAAUACCUUUCGAGCACUUUGCUGUCUUCACCCUUAUCUGCACAUGAUUUAAUUUAAAAAACAACCACACAUAUUUAUCUUUUUUAUUAUACUAAAUGUGAAGAAUAUUAAAUACAUAAUGGGUACCUAUAAACAAUUUUUACUUUGUUUUCAAUGUCGACUAGGGCUUCUGUAUUUAGGCUGAUUCGAAGGUUACGUAGUUUUCUUUAACUUAACAAUAUUAAAAAACAAAUUAUGUAAUAAAAUGCACAUAUAUUAUUAUGCCCCCCUUCAAAGAAGAGGGGGUAUAUUGCUUUGCUCAUGUCUGUCGGUCCGUCCACCAGGUGGUUGUCAGAUGAUAACUCAAGAACGCUUGGGCCUAGGAUCAUGAAACUUCAUGGGUAGAUUGAUCAUCACUCGCAGAUGACCCCUAUUGAUUUUGAGGUCACUAGGUCAAGGUCACGGUGACCUGAAAUAGUAGAAUGGUUUCCGGAUGAUAACUCAAGAAUGCAUACGCCUAGGAUCAUGAAACUUCAUGGUAGAUUGAUCAUGACUCGAGGUCACCAGGUCAAGGUCACGGUGACCCGAAAUAGUAAAAUGGUUUUCGGAUGAUAACUCAAGAACACAUAUGCCUAGGAUCAUGAAACUUCAUAGGUAGAUUGAUCAUGACUCGCAGAUGACCCCUAUUGAUUUUGAGGUCACAAGGUCAAGGUCACGGUGACCCGAAAUAGUAAAAUGAUUUUCGGAUGAUAACUCAAGAACGCUUUUGCAUAGGAUCAUGACACUUCAUAGGUACAUUGAUCGUGACUCGCAGAUGACCCCUAUUGAUUUUCAGGUCAAAGGUCAAGGUCACAGUGACAAAAAACGUAUUCACACAAUGGCUGCCACUACAACGGACAGCCCAUAUGGGGGGCAUGCAUGUUUUACAAACAGCCCUUGUUACAAU